GCUCGGCGAUACCGCGAGCUUCGCGAGCGAAGAGUAUUAGUCUGUCGCCGCUUUCAAGGUCCGCGCUUCCGAGUACAGGACGUCGAUUCCAAUUCCGCUCCGAUUCCAGAGCGGGACGCGAAAAUCGUGACGUGUAUCGUAGCAAAUCUACGGGACCCGGAGAAGUUCCGCUGGGUUGGCUACGUGACCGAAAAUCCGCCGAUGGUUCGGAAAAAAAGUAAAGGAGGCCGAUAAAAAGCCGAUCGGUUUUUGCGGCAGUGCGGUCCUUGUUAACAGAACUUGUUCGCUAAUUAGCGAUAUCGAAGUUUUAUUCUUCCCGCGGUACUUUGAUACGAAAGUUUUUGUAUCGUCGGUGACUACAACGUAUAAUUACCAAUAAGUUUUUUUUAAGAAAUUACUCGGACAGCCUGACGGAGGAAGUGCGUGGCGCUCGAGCGGCAAGCUUUUUGCGAGACGUGAACAGAUUCAAUGAUAAAUUAUUGCAAGAAGUGUAUUAAGAUACAAUAAGAGAAACUGCAACUACAGGCUGUUUUAUUGGAUAAAUCAACGGUUAAUAAUUACGAUAUAACGAAUUAACUGCACCUCGAUCUGAAUGAUAUCGAAGUGAUUUGUUUGUUCGUAAAAUAUUACAGAGUACGAGGACUCAUCUGUGCUGCUAAGAAUUAUAUUUCAAUGUCGAAGAUUUCGAAUGAAGACAAAUGAUACUUGACGCGGGAGGCGGCAUUGAUCUUUCGAUUCCUAGAAUCGGAUUAUCGCGACCGACGAUCGUGCAUACGAGUCAUACGUUAUUAGUGAAAGUCGUCCGCGUUUGUACAGUUUGAGGAUCAAGACUAACGGCGCUACGAUAUUCCCGCCAAGAAUCGCGUCAAGUGGUAAAGAAGGUCAGGAAGGAAAGGAAGGAUCAAGAGAGCUUCACCUGGCUGGAGAAAGGAAAAGAUAAUUGAGCCAAAUGACGGGCGGUCUCUUCUCGACAUUCAAAUUUCGACACACGACGUCGUGAGCAAAACGACGUUUGAAAAGUCGAGAGACCACAGAGCGAAAAGUUGUGUGUCAUUGUUCUCUUUGUCAGCUCUACUCGAGCGAAUAUCGAAUCGAAGGGAGCACCUAAGCACUUUGAAGUAGACUAAGAAUUGAGAUUCAAGAGAAAGGAACGGAUCCGAGAUAAAGACAGCGCGAGACCACGAGCUAAGAAGCUUCUGGAGAGUUAUUAGGAGCAAAAAGUUUCAAGGGGAAUCCGUCGGAUCGUGUACUUGGUAGAAAGGUGCUCUUACGACGGGUUCUUCGCGAGACUGUGCGAAAGAUACAAAGUAUGUACUACUGCUAGGAAAACAAAUGGAAAUUUCGUAGAAUCAUACUUCACGAUGCUUUCCGCAGACAGAAGAUAUUUCAAGUAAGAGUUGAACUCGGCAGAAAUUUAAAAAGAAAGAAAAUAUUAAACAUGAAACAAUUGAAGCAAAAAAAAAGCAGCCAGGACUUAAAGCUUCAGCUUUUAUCCUCUUUUGUCCUCUGAGAGAGCGACGAGAUUUAUAUUUUAUAUACAAUUGUAGAUGAUAUUGUUCGCUAAAUUAUAAAAAACAGAGGAUUUAAGUCUAGUAGCAUUACCUCUGUAAAGUUAUGAUAAUUUUCUCAUGCUAUCGACAGUUAACGACCGCUAUUCGCUAGUAGAUGCUAAGAGGACAUAAGUAGAAGCUUGAAGAUCGUUAAACUCCAUAAAGCCUUUGUAUUACAAACUCUCUUUAGCUUCAUCAUUAAAAACGCUUUCGUUAAAAGCUUUCAAUGCUUCAAUAUUAAAAAGGUAUUGAAGACUGGGUUCUGUUAUGCAGAUUUGCAUACAGCAAACAACUUCAUUUACGCAGCGGAGUAUCGAGAAAGAGAGAGAAAGCUUUGUUAGAUGAUCGGUAAUUUCUAUUUUCUCAGCUGAAAAAGAGAUCAGAGAAGAUUAUCUACGGUCAAUCUUUCACUCGAGGAUCAAAAGAAACCGUCUGUUGACAGAAUCUCAUCUCUCUUACAGAAGAUUAUUAUGAACAAUUUUAGCGGGAAAUUGGAUGAGUAAAAUCAAAUCACACGGAGUGUAUAUAAAAACAAAAGAUCAGCUUCGAAGCCAUUUAUUUGCUAAAAGCGAAUGAGAAUUGGAAGGAAUGAGGCGCGUAAUUCAUCACAGACUUAAAAAAAUCUCGUUUCUUCGGCAGUAGUUAGAAUAAUAACAAGCAUCUUGGAUGAAGUUUAAUCUUCGUUAUUUGUCUCGAAAGAGCACGUGCGCUUUAACUCUUGAACUUUAGUUAUUCCGAUUAAUAUUCAAGCAAAUCGAUUUGCGGAAAGAUACGGAGAAUGCGAAGAACCGCAGUCGUAAGGACGCGGCUAAGCAGCGUAGACCAGAUGAGAUACGCUCGCAAAACGAUCACUGGGUGAUUGACAGCAGGAAUCGCACCGGAGACGAUCCAUCGGUUCGCCGCCGCGAAUUGGAGCGUAAGAGAUUCGUACUCCCGCCGGUAUCAUUCCGUUUACCCGACCGGAAACGCUCCUAGAAGAAUACAAAUUCACCGCGGUUCCUGCAGGCCGUUUCUCGCUUCGCCGAUGCACGAAAGAAGUUCGUGACGAAAGCGAGGGGCGUUCGAACGUGACGGAGAUCGUUCGUGGUAGAAAAGAAAAGGAAAACAGAAGAAAAAGAAAACAAAAUGUCAGAUAGCGAGACAAUUGUUUGUUGAAGGACCGUCGACGAUCUCGAUAUUCCGCCGCCGCGCGGCGCCUAAGAGAAAGAGAAUCGCCACGCGAGAAUCCAUUUGCCAUCGUUGACCGGGUCGACAAGCUGAUAUCCCGAGGAUGACGCGUGUCGCAUAUCGACUCGGUCUCUAUCAUCUCCUCCUGGGGUUCAGCUUGCUGAUCGAGCCCCUGCUGGGCUACAACGUCCUGAUGGCCACUAUGGGUGGUACCAAGUCCCACACGGUGCCCUUCGUCGCCCUUGGUACGAGUCUGAGGUCACGGGGGCACAACGUCACGCUGCUGAGCGCUUUCCCCGGUCCCGCGGCGAAUAAUGGUCUUCACGAACUGGUGCCGUCGAUCCUCGAGGCUUACGUCGAGAAUUUCACGGCUGAGUGGGACCUAGUGGGCGCCAGGUUCCGGAAUGAGCUUCCGGUAUCACCGUGGGACGCCAUGAGAUACGCCUGGGAGUCAUGCGAGGCUUUACUCCAGGACGCGUCGUCGAUAGCCAGUAUGAGAAAACCUAAUGGUAAUCCGCACGCUCGAUGGGACGUCGCGGUGCUUGACGGCGCUUAUCCCGAAUGCAUGUUGGGAAUCCUCCAUGGCGAGAAUGUGCCGACGAUAAUGUUGAAUACGGUGGCACUGUACAGCGGGUCCAUUAUGCGACAGGGCAAUCCAUCACCUUGGUCGGUGACGCCGUAUUUCGGUAAAGCGAUCACGCAGGAUAUGACUUUUUUCCAGAGAGUCCUGAACGCGGCGGCUCUGCUCACUCUAAAAAUUAUGCACUGGUUCACGGUCUCGAUUUAUCUUCAGCCAACGCUCCAGAGAUACCUCGGCAAUCAUAUACCCAACGAUCUGUACAGCCUGACGGCGGAGGUUCCCCUGACUUUGCAGAACAGUCAUUAUAGCGUGGGCGAUUCCGUGCCCUACUUGUCGAACGUCGUAAACGUGGCGUGCCUUCACUGCAGACCGGCGAUGCAAUUAAGCUCCGACUUAGAAUCCUUUCUACGACGCGGUUUUGUGUUCGUCUCGAUGGGAUCGUCGGUGCGAGCUUCUGGGAUGCCGGAGGCAUUACGGCAGAUCUUUGUCGCAGUAUUCUCCACGCUACCGUACAAUGUCGUGUGGAAGUGGGACGGUGGCAAGAUCAAGGAUCUGCCGGCGAAUGUGAGGACGGCUGCGUGGUGGCCGCAGCAGGAGCUGCUCGGUCAUCCCAAGCUACGUGCCUUCGUUUCUCACGGCGGACUGCUAUCUUUGCACGAAGCGGCUUACCACGGUGCACCGACUCUGGUCUUACCAGUCUUCUGCGAUCAUGAUGGAAAUGCGGCGCAAGCUGGGAAACUGGGUUACGCUUUAGUAAUGGAUCUGGCUGGUAUAUCCAUUAGUGCGCUUCGCGAAGAUAUAAUUAAAGUCGCCGCACUUCACAAUAACUCGUACAGAGAAGCGGCUAAAAAGAGAAGUGCGUUACUACGUGAUCUUCCGAUCGGUCCCAGAGAAUUAGCCACGUGGUGGGUCGAACACGUUGCCAAAUAUGGCGGAGCUGAUCAUUUGAAAAGUUCAAUUCGGUACAUGAGCGUGUUCCAUUAUUACAGCCUGGAUGUCGUGCUGUUUUAUAUAUUGAGUUUAAUUCUGAUAAUUUAUGGACUCAAAAAAUUAUUCUGGCGAGCGGUAAUCGGUCAGGAUGUCUUCAAAAAGAAAGUAGACUGACAUCAUUCUGUGAAAUUCUCUGCUAAAUUAAUUUUAUUUAUUGUAGUAAAUAGGAUGUGUCCUCUUAAUGAUGUGGUAAGUAGUGGGACUAAAUAGAGGUU